UCAUCACUCGUCUGUCAAACAGCGUCGGCGUCAGUUGAGAAAAAAAUUCUUCCUCAAAUUCCGAACCAAUCUCGCGACCAGACCAUGUCCUCCAGUUCCGACGAAGCCGGUUCCAACCCGGCGCCACCGCCGCCAGCAGCAGCCGCCCCCGUGGCCAAGGCCCGCGCCUCCUCGUCAGCGGAGUCAUCGGACGAAGAACUUGCGGCGGUCCAACCGUGGCUGGACAAGGUGAUGGAAGCGUUCAUCAACAUUCCGUCCGAGGACGCCAAAAAGGGCAUUUCGAUGUUCAAGGUGAGGAACUACCUCCAGGACAAGCACCACGUGACCAAGGCCAAGGUUCAGAAGGAAGUUAAUCCGGCGCUGAAGGUCGCACUGGCCCGGAAGUACAUCAUCAAGACGACGGCGCUGAACAACGUGUUCAUGGGAUCGGCCCGGCUUAAUCCGGCGUACGCCAUCAGCCGGCUGCGGCACAGCGAGGAAACGGAGGACGAAAAGGUCGGAGGAGCCGGUGGCCGGAAGCGCAAGGCCAGCGCCGAUGAGGAUGGAACCAAAAGCGUCAAGCGGCGAUUUCCGUUCGGAAAGGCGCACUGAAGCUGCCCCGCGCGGAACAGCUUUGGCCUCAGAAGCUUCCUGAGCAAAGGGAAGUGUUUCGGAAGAGGCCUGGAGAAGCUGGAUUUCUUUUUUUGUUAUUUGUUAGUUUUGAAAAAUAUUCCUUUUUGUUCUUCGUUUUAAAAUGAAUUCAAACGGUCUGAUUUACCAUGUGAAAUGGAAUCACACAUUUACUAAAACAGAUCCUAAAACUUGUUAAUUUAUUCGAAAAUAAAUAAAUGCUGUUAAUAUAUUUCCAAAGGCAAAAACUAAAAA